GCCCCUCUCUCUCUCUCCUCUAUAAGGAGACAGGUCCUCGUGUUCUCUCUCUCUCUCUCUCUCUCUCUCUCUUUUUCCUCCAUCCUCUCUGUGUCUCCGCAAAAAAAAAGCUUCUGCUUCUCACCAAUGGCGGAUCUCAAGUCAACGUUCAUGAAGGUCUACUCGACUCUCAAAUCUGAGCUGCUCGACGAUCCUGCUUUCGAGUGGACUCCCGAUUCCCGUCAAUGGGUCGAGCAGAUGUUGGACUACAAUGUGCCUAAAGGGAAGCUGAACCGAGGCCUCUCUGUACUCGACAGCUACAAAUUGUUGAAAGAAGGAGAGGAAUUAACUGAAGAGGAAAUGUUUCUUGCAAGCUCUCUUGGUUGGUGUAUUGAAUGGCUUCAAGCAUAUUUUCUUGUUCUUGAUGACAUUAUGGAUGGCUCUCAUACACGGCGAGGUCAACCUUGUUGGUUUAGAUUGCCAAAGAUUGGUAUGAUUGCAAUAAACGAUGGGGUCGUACUUCGUAAUCACAUUCCUAGGGUUCUAAGAAAACAUUUUCGAGAUAAGCCUUACUAUGUUGAUCUGCUAGAUUUGUUUAAUGAGGUUGAGUUUCAAACAGCCUCGGGACAGAUGAUUGACCUGAUCACAACACUUGAAGGGGAGAAAGAUUUAUCCAAAUACACGUUGUCACUCCACCGCCGCAUUGUUCAGUAUAAAACUGCCUAUUACUCAUUUUAUCUAUCUGUUGCAUGUGCAUUGCUCAUGUCUGGUGAGAAACUAGAGAACCAUAUAGAUGUCAAGAACACACUUGUUGACAUGGGGAUUUACUUUCAAGUACAGGAUGAUUAUUUGGAUUGCUUUGGCGAUCCUGAAACCAUUGGCAAGAUAGGAACAGAUAUUGAAGACUUUAAGUGCUCCUGGUUGGUUGUUAAAGCAGUGGAGCUAUGUAAUGAAGAGCAAAAGAAAGUGCUAUAUGAAAACUACGGAAAGCCGGACCCAGCCAAUGUUGCGAAAGUCAAAGCCCUCUAUAACAAGCUUAACCUUGAGGGUGUAUUUGCUGAGUAUGAGAGUCAAAGCUAUGAGAAACUCAUAACUUCCAUCGAAGCCCAUCCGAGCAAGGCAGUGGAAGCAGUGUUGAAGUCCUUUUUGGCUAAGAUAUACAAGAGACAGAAGUAGAGAAUCAAUUUCCAAGAAUGUGGGGAAGGUUAGACUGGUCGAAACAGACCCUCACCUUCCAUUCUGAUGUGUUUUUUUCCUAGUUUCAUGAUUGAAAAAGAUUGAAUCUUGUUGUAUCCUAUUCGUUAAGAAAUUAUGUCUGCUGCUUAUGGUUACGCUUUUUUUAUGUUAAAUAAAGAUUCAUUGCUCAUGAUGUAUUCGAACUUGCUUGUUUCAUGUUUGUUGUAUCGCCUUAGAUUGUC